AUGGACACCGAGACCGCGAAUGCACAGGAUGCACGGGUGGACGCAUUAUGGGCGACGCUCGACACGCGGAAUCAGGGGCAACUGGACCUCGCAGCGCUCAAAAAGGGCCUGCGGAAGCUGGACCACCCGCUGAAAAACGCGGAUCAGAUCCUGGCGGACGUGAUGAAGUCGGUGGACACGAACGGCGACGGACGCAUAUCAUAUCAUGAGUUCCGCAGUUUUGUACAGGAGACAGAAAGGGAGCUCCUGGCGCUCUUCAAGAGCAUCGACAGCGACCGCAAUGGGAAGAUAUCUAGGGAAGAGCUCCAAGCCGCGUUCAGUCGCGCGGGGCUGGCCGUCCCAAAUAGCAAGUUGGACGUAUUUUUCUCCGAGGUCGACGCCAACAACGACGGGGCCAUCACCUUCGAGGAAUGGCGCGACUUUCUGUUGUUCAUGCCGGUCGUCGCGCCAAAUCUGCACCAGGUGAUGAGCUAUUACCAGGAAACCCACCACAUCAACCCAGAAGGCGACGUCCUGCUCAGUGACGAUACCAUAUACGGACUAGGUAUACACUUUCUUCAUUCUCUUUUUGGCUCCAUCUUCCUCGUCGCAAGAACACCGCCCCUCUCGGCUGCUGCGUACGCCGAACCUUUCGACGCGCUCGACAUGGCUGCGCCAGCCGGGGAUGCCUUUACGGCUUCACAGACCCUCCCGCCACGUUACGAUGUUGGAGGCCUCCAUUCUCCUUCCGCCAGUGCGGAGCAGAAGGCGGUCGUUCAAAGUGUAGCAUCUGUGCUGAUUGGUUGUUUUCCUGAUAUAGAGUACUUCGUGGCGGGAGGGAUCGCUGGAAUCGUCUCGCGUACCUCGACCGCACCUCUCGAUCGCCUCAAAGUCUACCUCAUCGCGCAGACCAGCGUCACCAAAGAAGCUGUAGACGCUGCCAAGUCCGGCAAUGUCGUCCGGGCGUUUAUGAAUGCAUGGCGUCCCCUUGCUGGAGCUACGAAAGAGCUCUGGCAGGCUGGCGGCAUGCGCAGUCUGUACGCGGGCAACGGAUUAAACGUCGUCAAGGUCAUGCCAGAAUCAGCCAUCAAGUUUGGUGCCUACGAAGCUGCAAAGCGUGCUUUUGCUACCCUCGAAGGCCACAACGACCCUGCUGUCAUCCACUCAUGGUCCAAGUUUGUGGCAGGUGGCAUGGCAGGAAUGGUCUCACAGUUCGCGGUAUACCCUAUUGAUACCCUGAAAUUCCGGAUGCAGUGCGAGACCGUUUCCGGAGGGCUACACGGCAACCGUCUGAUCAUCGCUACGGCGAAGAAAAUGUGGCGCCAAGGCGGAAUUCCUGCUUACUAUCGCGGUAUUGGUAUGGGUCUUGUCGGUAUCUUCCCAUACGCAGCAUUGGACCUGGGAACCUUUGAAUACCUCAAGCGCGCCAUCACAGCUCGUAAUGCCCGGAAACGCGGGUGCCACGAAGAAGACGCAGCACCGGGCGGCUUCAUGACUGCGGCCAUCGGAGGUUUCUCUGGAGCGUUUGGCGCCAGUAUGGUUUACCCUAUAAACCUCCUCCGCACACGAUUACAAAGUCAAGGAACGGUCCUCCAUCCUCGAACGUACACCGGCAUCGUGGACGUUACGCGACAGACGAUUAAGGGCGAAGGCAUGAGAGGUUUGUUCAAGGGUCUCACGCCAAACCUGCUCAAGGUCGUUCCGGCUGUGUCCAUUACAUAUGUCGUCUACGACAAGUCCAAGGCUGCACUGGGUCUGCAUUGA